UUUCUAGGCUUUUAGUGGAACAGCUCUUGCAGCCCUAGUGAAAGGGCUUCCUGAUGCCCUUCAUAGACAGUAUGACUAUGAAGAUCCUAUAACCAGAGGAGGUAAACACUUACUACAUAGUCCAUUCUUUAAGGUGUUAGUUGCUCUAGCAUGUGACCUGAAGCUAGACAGCCUUCAGACAUGUGCCGAGUCGCAUCGUUGGGCGUGGUUCAGGCGUUACUGCACCGCGGCACGAGUGGCCAAGUCAUUAACUGACCGGACGCCGCUGCCACCAGGCUUCAGAGAAGAAGUUAACAAGAAAAUCCAAGAGAUCAGUAUGGAAGGCAGCAGCAGUCUAAUGCAGGAACACGAGAACCACCAGAUAUUCCAACAAGGUCAAGAUCAACAGCUUCUCUUGUGGAUGAGCAGGCGGCCUGAUGACUGGAUAUUAUCAUGGGGUGGAAGUGGCACGAUCUAUGGUUGGGGUCACAAUCAUCGAGGUCAACUUGGAGGAAUUGAAGGGGCAAAGGUUAAAGUACCAAGCGCAAUAGAAUCAUUCACAGCUCUUCGACCUGUCCAGAUUGUCGGCGGAGAGCAGACGCUAUUUGCUGUCACUUCCGAUGGGAAGGUGUAUGCCACAGGAUACGGCGCAGGAGGACGACUGGGGAUUGGUGGCACCGAUUCUGUAUCGACACCGACACUUCUGGAGUCAAUUCAACAUGUGGUGAUUAAGAUGGUAGCAGUGAACUCAGGUGGAAAACAUGCUCUUGCUCUGUCAGUGGAAGGAGAGGUUUACUCUUGGGGGGAGGCGGAAGAUGGCAAGCUUGGCCAUGGCAAUAGAACGCAAUGUGACCGACCUAGAGUGAUUGAAACACUGCGUGGAAAGGAGGUUGUUAUGGUUUCAUGUGGUGGAGCACACAGCGCAUGCAUAACAUCAAAUGGAGAGCUCUACACUUGGGGAAAGGGCCGGUAUGGUAGGCUUGGCCAUGGAGAUAGUGAGGACCAGAACAGGCCUAAGCUAGUUGAAGCGCUGAAAGCGUAUCGUGUUAUAGAUGUAGCGUGUGGGAGUGGUGAUGCUCAGACCCUGUGC